GCGGAGAUGAGCUGGAUUAAUGCAGCGGUAGGGAACAAACGGGACGGUAACGGGAAACGGAAACAACUCAGGAUUUAACGGCGACCGAAUGCUGCGACGGUGAACUGCAGCUCUCAAAAUCCAUCGAAUUAUAUAAAAACAAAAAUAUAUUAUAAGCUAAAAAGACACACAUGUACUAGUCGUGCUGUUUUUGGACGGAAAGAUGAUUUCGCCGUGGGACAGAUGGUACACGACCAGCUGCUGCCUGUGUUGUCAUGUACGGACGGGCACCAUUAUCCUGGGCAUCUGGUAUAUGCUCAUCAAUGCAGUGGUUUUGUUAAUCCUGUUGUCGGCUCUCAAUGACCCAGUCCAGUACCACUACCACCUCACCAGCUCCGAACUCGGCACGGAUUUGGACGUCAUGGACGAUGCAAACAUGUGCAUCGCUGCUGCAAUCUCAUUGCUGAUGAUUUUGAUUUGUGGAAUGGCAACCUAUGGUGCAUAUAAGCAACAUGCUGCAUGGAUCAUUCCUUUCUUCUGCUACCAGCUCUUUGACUUUGCUCUUAACACUCUGGUAGCAAUAAGUGUUGUUGUUUACCCCAACACUAUACAGGACUAUCUUCAGCAGUUGCCUGGGACCUUUCCAUACAAAGAAGACUUGAUGUCCACAAACAACAUGUGCCUAGUAUUAGCAGUGCUUCUCUUUGUCGGAUGCAUCUUAGCCUUUAAGGCUUACCUUAUUGCCUGCGUCUGGAACUGCUACAGAUACGUCAGUGGAAGAAGCACUACAGAGGUCUUGGUUUAUGUCACCACAAAUGACACUACAGUACUACUUCCACCCUACGAAGAGGCGAUCAGCAUUCCACCGAAGGAUCCCCCUCCCCAGUACGUUUCGGCUUGAGAAUCGCACCACUCUUUUACUACGCUGCUCCCAAACCUUCUCCAAAGAAACAAUCUUGUCACAGUAGCCCAUUCCGUUGCCCCGGUCUCCUGUUUGUCGCUGUGUGACGUAAGUCUCCUCUCUCCUCUCCUCUCUGGAGGCAGCAGUAUGACUUUGAGACGCCCUUCCCUCGACAAGGCUGCCCAGCUGUCCUGGCAACCCAAUGCUGUGUGUCAGCUCCAAUCUGAUUUGCACUUUCGGCGAUUAUGUGUGGCACUGGCCUUUUUAAUACUGUGAACUACUCAGUAGUGUUGUCGUCUACUGAUAUACCUGAGAUUUGAAUGCAGCGUGCAUGAUAAACACGGGAGUUACGUAAGAGCACUUUUCAAAUGGGAAUUACCUAGAAAUAUACUGAAUGUAAGAAGCCGGCAUUUUCACUUUAAUUUCGUUGUACUGUACGAAAUGAAAUUUGAAUUCUGGUUCAGAAUAUUAACUAAAUUAGUUGUAAAAAAAAAUAAAAAUAAAAAUAACAAGCAAAGCUACAUAAUUUUAUCUAACAAAGUGAAAUCUUUCAAGUCUUCCUUUAUACACAAUGCAGUCAUUUGUUAAUAUUGUCUUUCAACAAAUCUAUUGCUAAUCAUUAAUUAGAUGUCGCAAGGACGGUUGUUCCUGCUGCUUGUGAACAGUUUCAAAGCUGUAUACACUUAAUAUACGUGAUCACUCUUAUUUAGAUGAGAAGUCAAGUAGAUUUGAAACUUUUUAAAGAUUCUGUUGACUGUGUUUCAUGCGUCGUGGGGGAUCUGACUUCUACGGAGCUCCUAAAGGGACGUGGUGAUGGAAAAAAAUAUGAGAUGGCAGGAAAAAUUAUAUGCCAAUGCUUUUGCGUUCCCCAGAGAAACUAUGCGUUCACUUGCAAAAUGUUUGCGAUUCCCCCCCAGAAAAUUUGCGUUCACUUGCAAAAUGUUUGCGAUCUCCAGAGAAACUUUGCGUUCGCUUGCAAAAUGUUUGCGAUUCCCCCCAGAAAAUUUGCGUUCACUGGCGAAAUUUUUGCAAGAAAACGUUUUGGUAGAUAAUGCAAAGGUUUUGCGAAUGAAUGCAGGGGGAGAGAAUGCAGAAGCACUGAAUUAUAUUUUUUCCAUCACCAUGUCCCUUUAGGGGCUCCGUAUACAUCAGAUUAAAGGACUUGUCACUCGUUUUAUUAAAAAAAAAAAGAAAAGAAAAAAUCUGGGUUAAGAUUUGGUCACAUUUACCGUUUCAAUAGGAAUCCACAUGAUUGUAAUGGUGAAAGAUUUCCUUACACAAAUUUCGCAACAAGUUUAAAUUGGUAAUGUGAAUUUGCUGCAUUGAUGAACAGAAAGCUACUUGGUUUGAAAGUGACUUCUGUGUGAGCUGUGUUUUAUGCAUCGUUACACUAUUGACAAUAGACAAUGGACCUUUUGCCUAUGAAAUUUUGCUGAAAUUUCAGUAAUGUGACCACAUCUUUACAGUGAGGCACUUAGAAUAGAAGUGAAUUGGGCCAUCCGUAAACGUUCUGUGUUGAUUUUGGUGUGAAAAAAAUCACUUAAUCUUUCUAUGUAAAGUUAUAUCCAGUUUUUCAACUUCGUCGUCAUGACAUGUAAUGCCUAAAAUGCUAAAUUGAAUGAUUAAAACAUUUUUACCACUCAAUAUACAAGUUUUAACAGAAAUAUUAAUGUCUUUCAUAAGAUUAGAAGCUUCACAUUUCUACUUUUAAAUCCUACAAAAAUUGGCCCUAUUCACUUCCAUUGUACAUGCCUUGAUUUUUGCUUUUCGACAAGGGAAGUGCUCAAAUGCAUAAAUGAGAAUUAUGUGUAAGGAGAUCAUUUUGUUGAAUUUGUCCUGUUCAGAGUAGUUGUAUAACAUUUCUUUCAUUAUCACUAGGUUACAAUCUGUGGCUACAGACUGCAAUGUUUUUGCACAUAUGAAUAUUAUUCAUUCAUGUUAUUGUCUGUGAUGAACGGUGUGUUAAUCAGUAAUUUGUGACAAAUGAAAAGUAAAGGACGUGACUGCCGACAAUAGAUUAGCAUCUAGCUUAGUUCAAACGACAUGGCAUCUCCCUCAGACAUCUUCUAGUUUAAAGUAGCUUCUGUUAUUGGGAACAUUUUUAUAUAAAGUGGCUAUGCAAGGGUAUUUUGUAACAUGUAUCCAUAGCUCACAAUGUCUAUGUACUUGCAUUUAUUCAUCAUGGUAACAUUAGGUAUAGAAGCAUUAACGAACGUAUUAGAGAUUGAUAGAUGUAGCCAUUUCCUUUCAUUGUUCUGAGCGUAGACUUUCAUCUUCAGUUCAGCUUCAAAUAAGCAAUGUUUUUCGUGAAACACAACUUUCAGAAUAUUCUGUGUAUUUGGAAUAUUGCUUUUGGUAUCAAAUGUGACCUGUAAAUUGUAUUAUUCUCACAAUAUUUCUCAUGAAAAUUAAAUGAUUAUCACAAAAAUCAAUUCUCAGAAACCCAGAACAAUGUUUGUCAGUAGGUAGAAUGCCUGUGAUUGUUUGUCUUUGUCUUGUUACACAUCAUGUAUUGGGUUGACACUGGCUUAUGUCUUAUUUCUAAACAAUAAAAUAUUACAGUAAUGCUUCA